AUGGGCCUAAUCAAAAGGGUGUCAAGCUGGUCUCAAAAUGGGAAGCUUGAUUAUCUCUCGGUCAACCCAACCAGAGACGAAGUCGCCCAUUACAGUGUUAAUCCAGAAGAUGAGCGGGACGAAUCUAUCACAAGACUCAACGUUGUCAAGGACUUCGACAAGAUUACAUGCUUAGACUACUCCGAAACUGACCUCGGACUAGUAAGCGUAGGGGAAAGAAGUGGAAUGGUGAGAAUAAUGAACAUGAUUUACGACAUCACAGCACAAGGCACUACACAACUUCAGGUUAGGGCCAAGCAGCAACGUGCAGUCAAUACUUUGGGAAUGAGCAAUAGCGGUCUAAUCGCGAUGGGGCUUGACCGCAACCGUCACGAUGCAUCGUUGCAAGUGUGGGACGUUAACUAUCAAAGCACGGACUCCAAUGUGGUAAACCCAUCUUUUUCUUACUGCUUGAAUGAAACUGUCGUUUCACUCAAGUUCUUGGAUGAUACAACACUGAUUGCAGGUACAAGCAAGCUAUUGAAGGAGAUUGAUUUAAGAUCACCUAAUCCGAGUUAUCAGCAUCCAACUCGUUUAUGUUACGAUAUAAAGGUGAACCCGUACAAUGUCUGGCAAUUCACAACCUACGGAGACGAUGGAACGCUCGCGAUAUGGGAUAGGCGUAAAUUGGGGCAAAGUAUGGCGUCCAGCGAAUCUCUGGAAACACAGCCCCUCUUAAAGUUUGAUAAAUUGAUGGGCGCAGGCGUCGCGUCGAGAAAAUAUAGCAACUCAUGUUUCCGCUGGUCAGCUGUGCGCGAUAAUGAAUUUACUACUCUACACGGUGGCCAACUUAUUAGGAGAUGGCGACUAGGAAGCUUUCCGACCACUCUGAUCAAAGACGAAUCAGGUUCAAGUCCGCAGACCGGGACGGAAAUUGAAUCACUAUUUGUCUCUACUGUUCAUGACAUAAACACAACUUAUGACAGAGUUGUUACGUUCGAUUACAUUCCGCGAGAAGACGGUUGUGCUAACUUCGUAUGCAUGAGACAGUCUGGUACGCUAUUCAGGAUGGCCUUGAAAGGUGGUGUAUCAAGGAUCGCGUUUAAUUGUAAUAACAGUCUUCUCAUGGCAAAUGAUGAAAGAACAAGUGUGGAAGAGCUCGAAAUUGCUGAUCUCAGUGAGAAAACGACCAAUGAAGACAAGGCAGCUGCUUUGAAGAACCUUUCUUUCGAGGAUCUUGAUCUAAGUGAUCAGGAAGAAGAGCAAAAGAACGAAGAUCAAAAAAACGACCCAAGCUUGUUGGAAAUGAAUUCUAAAGAUGCUCAAAAUCAACAUGAGUCAAGGAGUCGCAAUUCAUCUGUUGGUGGACUAGGCUUUCUGCUUAAACCUGAGAGUUUACUCGAGAACGACAUCAGCAUGAUAAUGAAAAGACGUGCUUUGCAUAAUUAUGGUCUAGAUCCUUUGAAGACCGUCGAAUUCAUUGAUAUAUCAAAGUCCCUGCAAAACAAUGCUUACAUAAGGAAUACGUGGAGGUGGUUAUCGAUCGUCAAGGCGUCUGUUGACGACGGAACUAUGGUCUCUGGAGAACUCGAUCUUGGGUACGAAGGUAUACUAGGAAUAUGGAAUGGGCUAGAUGGCCUCUCGCAACAGGACAGAUACAGCAGAGGAGCAAAUCUAACAGAGAAACAGCUGGGCAGAGAACUCGAAAAGAUUGUUCGAAUGCGAGGGAAAUACAGAUCUAAAAUGGGUGAAUCUAGUGGCGCUAUAUCCUUCGCUAAUUCGACAAAGCCUAUUCAACGAAGACUGUGCAUGAUUAUUUCAGGAUGGGAUCUGCAUCCGUCAGAGUAUGAGGCGAAGUAUCAAGGAUUAAUCAAGGCUAACCUAUAUGAGAAGGCCGCAGGUUGGGCUGUCUUCUUCGGCGACGUCACGAAAGCCAUUGAAAUAUUGAGCUCUGCCAAGAAAGAGAGAUUGCGUUUGAUUGCAACAGCCAUAGCCGGCUACCUUGCUUAUAAAGACCAGCCUGGGAAUAAUGCUUGGCGACAGCAAUGCAGAAAAAUGUCGUCUGAGCUCGAUGAUCCCUAUCUAAGGGUUAUAUUCGGCUUCAUUGCUGAUAAUGAUUGGUGGGAUAUUCUAUCUGAGUCUGCCAUUUCACUAAGGGAAAGAUUAGGCGUGGCAUUGAGGUCUCUGAAUGACAAGGAUCUAACAAGAUUUUUAGAAAGAACAGCUGAUUCAGUUAUAUCAAACGGUGAGCUGGAAGGUUUGAUUUUAACAGGUAUUACUCCAAGUGGUGUGAAACUGUUGCAGUCAUACGUCAACAAGACUAGUGAUGUUCAAACCGCUGCACUUUUAUCGAUUUACGGCUGCCCUCGUUAUUUCAAAAGUUCGCAAGUUGAUGAGUGGGUGCACGCGUACCGGACAAUGCUCAAUUCUUGGGAACUGUUUUCCGUUAGAGCCAAAUUUGAUGUUCUACGUGGAAAGCUAGCCAGAAGUACUCUUUCUUUUUCACAAGGCAACUGCAGACCUAGACAGCUUUACAUCCAGUGCCUGAAAUGCAACAAAAACAUCAACAAUCCUGUAGAGGGCUCUUCUACAGCACCUACCUCUAAUAAGGGGAAAAGUUUUGGGGCUGGUGCAAACUUUAAAAAAUUUGGUUUCAACAAUACUUCGCCAUCGAAUGCUGCAGCCCAGAAACACUCCUGUCCUCAUUGCGGCACGCCAUUCCCACGUUGUGCUAUCUGUUUACUGCCUCUAGGAACAGCCAAUCUGCCUAUUGUUAUCAAUGGGCGAACCGCGAACCAGGAUGCCCAGGAUGAGGGUCAAAUGGAUGAAGCACGUAGGCUCAAGUUGAACGAAUGGUUUAGCUUCUGCCUAGCUUGCAACCACGGCAUGCACGCGGGUCAUGCAGAAGAAUGGUUCGAGAAACACAACGCCUGUCCUGUUCCAGGUUGUUCGUGUCGUUGCAGCGCACUGUGA